AUGGUUGCAACAUUAGAUUAUGGAUAUUUGUCGACACCAGCUGGUAUACUUAACAUAGCUGAAAUUGUUUCAUUAAUCGCUGCACUCAUUAGUGUUGCAUUCACGUCUCGAUUAUAUUGUGAAUUAGCUGAUAAUUUCAAAUGGAUAUAUCCAGAUUUAAAUACAGUAGCUGUUCGAUAUGUAUUUCAAUCAUUUGCUAUGCUUUGUUUAACUAUAACAAUUAUUAUUCUUCUCAUGCAUAUCUAUGGUAUACGUUAUUCGGGAAAAAAUUUUGCUUAUUUAAAUCAAAUUUGUUUAAUUCUUAAUAUUAUUAUGGGAUUAAUGAUGAUAUCAAUAGGUAUAUGUGCUGCGUUAUGGGAAGAUAAAUUAAGACGAACACCAGGCAUUAUUCGACGUGGAUAUUUUUCAAACGAUUAUCAAAUUGUCUUUAAUGAAGAAACACAUCCAAGACCUGGAGCAGCUGCAGCUGCAGCCACAUUUGCUCUAAUAGCUGGUAUACUUUUUAUAAUCGAAGCUUGUACUCGACCAAUGUUAAGUACUGGUGCAACACGUGUACCAACACAUACAUCAGAUCGACCUAGUUAUACAGUUGCAACUAGUACCCAACGUCCACCAAUAAAUAAUUCAAAUAUUGGUGAACGUGUAAUUCCUAUUGAAACGACAACAUCACCAUAUCGAGUUUAA